GUACAAGUGUAGACUUUCAAUUUUAGCUAUUUCUGACAAAUUUCUACAAGUUAUUUUUUUCAACAGAUUUUUUUUCGAUAAGGUAAUAAACAGGUAUCUACAAUCCUUCUAUUGUUCUGUGAUACGUGCGUGCGUGAAGUGAAUUAAACGUGGAGUAGCUGGCAGACGAAUAAGCAGGUAAUGCCACAGCAAUGUUCAUUCAACUUAUUAACCCAUUCAGCAACUAAUAAAAUUACAUUUUGAUAUAAUUCGAAAGACAAUUUUUAUUGGCGGCAUUAAUUAAAUAUUGCAAUAACUAAUUAAUACUUCAUCAGUUACUUCCAGGUUCGUUAAAGCUGAACGGUUUAAAUACAGGCAAAAAAGAACAUUUAAUCAAGAAGAAAAGCAAAAGUUUUGCAGUUUUGUGUUUGGGGAAGAUUUAUAACAAGGUAACUUUGAGGAUAUGUUGUAGAGAUCUAAAUCCUCUUCCAACGGAGGAGGGGGUGAUAACUUCUAAAGCAUACCGUUUUGGAGGAUGAAAUUUGGUAAAUUUUAUCAUUUUUAGUUAGCUUUACGUCUGUUUCCAUGCUGACUCAUCACUUAACAAAUAGCCGGGGAAAAAUUGACACAAUUAUUUUUUAAAUAUAUUUAUUAAUAAUGGUUUGUAAGACAUUUUUUCUUUUUUCAAAGUUUAUCGUUUUAUCUUUUUUUCAGGCUCGAAAACAUAUGUUAGCUUAAAUUUCGUCAUCCAAUUUUUCAUUCUAUUGGUCCCCUACUGUUCCAACCAUUUCAUUCUUCUUCUUUUUUUAGAUGAAGUUCCUUGUGGUGAUGAUUGCCGUUGUCGGGACUGUUUCCGCGUUGAAUUCUUAUCCAGAAGAAAGAGAUGCGGACUCUUCAGUAUAUGAAGAAGGAUACAGAAAUGGCUACGCAGAUGCACAACCUAGUGAAUUUGCAAACGUCUUUCGGCAUCAUCACAGUCCAACCAAAGACUGCAGCGCCAGCGUAAAGAAUUGCAAUGGUUGCCGUCGUUACCUAUCAAGUUGUUGUGUCGAUCGAAAUUGUAGUGGUGGCAGGAAAUGCAAGAGAGGAAUUUGGAGCUAUUCGUGUGAUAAUUAACUUUGUUACUGUUGUGUUGUGUAUUGAUUAAAUACACUUAUUAUUUGUGUAA